AUGGUGAAUAUCAUGGCGGGGAUCGUUCUUGCCAAUGAUGACAAUGAUGAAUUUUCUGUGAAACUUGCAAAAAUCCUUCUUGCUAGGUUAAAGAAGGAAGAUCAAAAUGUUACACCAGCUUCAUUCCAGCUGGCGGAGGGCACAUUUAAGAAUUGCUCCAGUGCACUCAAGGAGCAUCUUCCUAAAGCUGCAAAAAGUUUGGGAAUUCCCAUCGAGGAUUAUGCUGAAGUAGUUGCAUCGUUAUUACAGGGUGCAACUCAAGGGGAAAAAACCAUGGACGUUGAACAUAUAGGAGUAAAUGCCACGUGUCAGGAGGAAGGUGGUUUAGCAGUAACCCCACCUGGCUUAACCGUAAGUGAUGAUGUUCUUAUUCGGAAAAAAAGGAGUCGGAAACCGAACUCCUUACUUAAACCAGAGGAGGGCUACGAUCCUUUGUGGAUGUUGAAAGGGUCUCUGACAAGGGAAGCUCCCGCAAAGAAAGGCAAGAGAAAGAGUAUUCUUUCUGAAGACCUAAUCGAUGCCACCCUGAACAAGAGAUUGCCUUCUCAAUCCACACCUACAUUAUCGAAAGGGGAAGCCUUAUCAGGGGAAGUUUCUAACUUUCAAAAUACGAAGAAGAGUACCACGUCCGACGACAAGAUAUUUCGCUAA